AUGAGACCUUCUACUCUCCUUCUCGCCGCUUCCGGCUCUGCAGUCCUUGCUGCUCCUACUCCUAGUCUUCUCGGAGACAUUUUGAGCUUGACCAACAAUGUCAUCACCACUGUCACCUCGACCAUCACCAACAACUUGGCCCAGCAAGUUGCCCAGCUCGGCUGCACUCUUCAGACCAAUGCCAACAAGCAUGGUCAGAUCAUCAGCUCGGUUGCUCUUACCGUCCAGGCCAUCGAGGUCGCCGCCAAGAGAUUCACUCAGACUUGCAACUGGUCCAAGCCUGGAAAGUCAUACAUCAAUUGGUCUACCUACAAAGCCAACGGUGUUAACCUCGGUGCCUGGUUAGAAAUCGAGGAGAACUACGAUACUGAGUGGUGGGCCGCCAAUGUUGGAUCUUUCCCCGAUGAAUGGACCUGGUGUUCCACCGUUGGUUUCUUCGUCUGUGGACCUCUCCUCGAGAAGCGCUAUGCUUCGUUCUUCACCACUGCCGACAUCGACAAGAUGGGUGCUAAGGGUAUCAACACUCUCCGUAUCCCCACCACCUACGCAGCCUGGACCAAGGUCCCCGGCAGCAUGCUCUACUCCGGUAACCAGCAAGCUUACCUUAGAACCUUGACCAACUACGCCAUCGACAAGUACAACAUGCACGUUAUUGUCGGUCUCCACUCCCUGCCCGGUGGUGUUAACACCCUUUCCAUUGGUGAAGCCUUCGGACACGACGCCUGGUUCCAGAACGCCACCAACCUCGACUACAGCUUCAAGGCCAUUGACUCUAUCCUGACCUUCAUCAAGACUUCCGGUCGCCAGAACUCUUUCACCAUCGCCCCUAUCAACGAGGCCAGUGACAACUUCGCCGGGUUCGCCACCCCUGCCGGUCUUACCAACGACGGUGUUAACUGGAUCAACACCUACAUCAACGGUGUCUUCUCCCGCAUCGCCAAGGUUGAUAAGAGAAUCCCUCUCAUGCUUCAGGACUCCUUCUUCAGCGAGCAGUUCUGGUCUCCCUUCUACGCCGCUGGUACCAACCUCGUCAUCGACUCUCACAUCUACUUCUUCGCCGCCGCUGGUGCCUACUCCCAGUACGUCCCCGCUGCCGUCUGUGGUCAGGCCAAGUACAUCGGUCAGGGUGAUGGCAAGUUCCCCGUCUUCAUUGGCGAGUGGUCCCUCCAGACUCUCUACAACAACACCAUCGACAACAGAAAGACUCUUUACGACACUCAGGUCUACGCUUACCAGAAGUACGCUUCCGGUGGUGCUUUCUGGAACGGCAAGAUGUUGAACACCAGAGACACUGUUGAUGGUGAGGGCAAGCUCCAGGACUACUGGUCAUGGGAGGGUCUUUCUGACGCCGGUGUUGUGUCUACCACCUUCAACCAGAGCUACUGCUAG